UCUCGCUUUGGAGUUUGUACAGAACGAGAUAAAAAACGGGGACGUAUGUAAUUGGAAGAAAUAAUAUUAAACACGACAUUCCUGUUGUGAGUUAAAAUUGCCACGAUGGCGAAUAAUGUUAAUUUGACGAUUAAAGAUAGAAAUGGAGUAAUAAAUGAAAAAACAAUUAUGGAAAUUCAAAAAGAAACUGCUGGCAAAACUCUUACCAAAAACCCCUCAUUAGGGGAAAUUGCUAUUGAUGCUUCAGAAAUUGUUAGUCGGUUGGAAAAAAUUACAGAAGGUAAUCACACAAGUAAUGGAACACCUCAGCAAAGUGUCCUUUUGGGUCCAGAUCAGAAGAGAAGUGACGAGAUUAUGCAAAUAAUUGAAGGGUUAUUGAGUACUGAUGAAGAUGGAGAAUCAAGUAUAUUACCUGUGUUAGAUGAAACAGCCAAAUUGGUAACAUCAACAUAUAGUCUUAUGGCCUAUUUUGGAAGUUUAGAAAGGCCUGUGCUUCAAAAACUAAGCACUCAAUUUACUGCAGACACUACAAGAUGGUUAAGUCAUAUAUUUGGAUUUCUAGAUGCAUCUGCCUUUUAUCACGAUGAUCAAUUGGAAGGUUUGGUGCGAAUAACACGCAUGAUGUUACAUUAUAAAUAUCCUCGUUAUCUAGAAGACGGUGCCCUUGCACUAACCACUGCGUUACCAACAAUCUACAGUAGUAUAGCAAGUCCUUUAGGCAUUGUUCAACAUUUGUGUAAACAAUUAGGUUUACCUUUAGCUUCAGUUAGACCUGUUCCUGUAAAUACACAUUUCGGGUCACAAUACACAAUUGAUGUAUCGGCUUUAGAAAGAAUGUUAACAGAAGAUGUGUCUGCUGGUCGGACACCGUUAGUGGUAGUUGCUGAUGCAGGAACCCCAGUUGCUGGGCAUGUGGACAAUUUAACGAGGAUCCAAGAACUUUGUAAAAAUCAUGAUGUAUGGUUGCAUUUGAGGGGCCAUUCUUUGGCGGCUCUGGCGUUACCAGGACACCAAACUAAUAGUCAUAAACCACCUAUAGCUGAUAGUUUUACGCUAUCAUUAGGUAUGUGGUUGGGAAUACCAGGAUUGCCAAUGGUUACUUUGUAUAGGUUGUGGGAACCGAAAAGUGCUAGUUCCCCGAAUCAGUUACGCAGUCGACAAGUAGNAAAGAGACAGGGUGUUGUCGAGAGUACCGAAAACAUUUACAAAUACCACAUGCAGAUACCUAGCGGUGCAAGCUCAACUGGUUCAAAAGUAACGCCGCCUCCAUCUAUACAAGUUCCAGUUGUUUUCAUUCAAUCUAACAAUCAUCAAAGAACAUCUACAUCAAAAAAUGUUUUAUUUCAGUAUUGUUUAAUAUUCUACACUAUUUUUAUUUUUUUUUUGCGAUUUAAAUUUUUAAAUAUCUUAAUUUAUUGUUGUGAUUUGUUAUUUCAGAGUCAGAAACCUGGUGGAGAAACUGGCACUUACACUGUUUCUGAAUUGAUAUCAAAACCAGUUAGCAUUCCACUCCUUUUUGAAACAACCGCAACUUGCGUGGUUUUUCAGUUUAUUCCAGAAUUAAAAGAGGGUGAAAUCUUGACUAGAGUACCUUCAUAUUACGACAAAUUGAAUACUUGGUUAGGGCAAAUAUUACAGUUGGAAGCUCCACAGGUCCCAAUAGACAUUUGUGAACUUGAAAAUGUAGGCGUUGUUCUUAGGUACUGUCCCUUGGAAAAUUUAACAGGUCAGUUACCUACAAGCAAGGACAUACAGACGUUUAUUGAGUAUUUGGAGCAACAAAUCAUCAUAUUGAUAGCUACUGUUCAGCAUAAAGAAACUUUUGUAAAUUUAGUUCGAAGUUCUCCUGUGUUGCGGUUAGUUGAAUUACCAGAUUGGGCAGGUUUGGGAGGAGUUAGAUACGUCCCAGAAGGUUGGGAGCAACUGUUGACUGAUCAAGCUAAAGAAGAGCUGAAUGCUCUAAAUACCACACUAGUUGAUGCCUUGCGUUCUACAGAUUCUGCUUUUUCUCUUGGAGAAGGAAACGAUGGUCUUAUAUGCGUAAGAUUUGGUAUGCUUACUGCCCAGUCUGAUGUAGAGGAACUUCUAAACCUUGUCAUAAGAGUUGGACAAUCGGUGGAAGAAAAUUCACGAGUGUUAGAUUCUAUGAGUGAAAUUGUUAGGAAAGGUAUUGAAACGGCAACGUUAGACCUUCAGAAAGAAAAUGAGGAACGUAUUUGGCAAGAAGGUAUUCUUCGACAGGUUCCUGUAGUAGGUACGUUUGUUAACUGGUGGUCACCAAAAUCUAAAGAGACAGGUGUGCGCGGGCGCAGCCUAAAUCUUACCCAGGGUGUUGUCGAGAGUACCGAAAACAUUUACAAAUACCACAUGCAGAUACCUAGCGGUGCAAGCUCAACUGGUUCAAAAGUAACGCCGCCUCCAUCUAUACAAGUUCCAGUUGGUAAUAGUCACUCAAGAACGAGCAGUUAUGGAUCAAGUCAGGCUAGUUUAAAAUCGAACGAGAGGGGGAGAAUAGAAACUACUCAAGAAGUUAAAAGCAAUAAUGUUAAUGGAUUGGUUGAAUCAGAGAGUGAUAAAGAGGUUGGUGGAAAUCGGAAAAUUAACGAGGUAAAGAUGGAAACUGUAAACGAAAAGAAAGGUACGAGCAAAAAUGGGGAUGGUGAUGCGAAUAGGAGAGAAAGUCUGAAGGAAAAACGAUAAAAUAUUGAUAAAUAUCGAAUUGGGUAUAAUUCUUCGUAAAGAAAAUGGUUACCAAUUACGACUACAAAUUGUAAUACAAUAGUUAUUGAAGCAAAUGAUGAAGUUAUAUCGUAUAUUAAAAUUUCAUUUGCUUCAAAUAUUAUUUUUGUAUUUCUGACGGAUGAAUCGACUUAACCAAAGGGCAAGUUGCAGAUAUAGUGCCUCACGUUGGAAAUAUGUAAAAUUUAAUUCGAACUGAUAUGCAAUAGUUUUCAGCAAAUAAUUUGCAGUUAAGUAUUUUUCUAUGCUGACUGAACAAGUCAAAAGAUCCGUUUAUUUUGCUAUUUGGGUACGUGUACGGAUGAGUGAAAAUAACUUCAAUAUUUUUUUUAAGUUAAUAUAUCCAUGUAUAUUUUCUUCCACUACUUAUUUUUGAUAUAUAAUAAUAAUAAGCUUUCGUUGAAAAAUAUUUAGAGAAAAAUAUACUUUAAAUAAGA